AUGAACACAGCGCUCCUUGGCGUUGCCUCGGCGCACCCUGGUGUGAGGCAUCGCCGCGAGGCGUACCUGCUGCCCGACGGCGCGGAGCUCCUGCUGGGCAGCGUCAAGACGACGUUCAAGUGUCCCGGCGACGGCUACUACGCGGACGUGGACAACGACUGCAAGGUGUUCCACAUCUGCCACGACGUGCUGGGCCCGCAGGGUGCUGCCGACCACGAAAUGCAGCACUUCAGCUUCCUGUGUGGUAACCAGACCGUCUUCAACCAACUGAGCCUGACCUGCGCAUACGAGGAGGACUCGGUACCCUGCCAGAACGCCAAGGACUUCUACUACUUGAACGCCAACAUCGGCGACCCCACCGCGGAGUUCCUGAGCGACAACGACAUCCAGCGCGCAGUGCCGCUGGUGCCGACGCUCAAGGCGCACGCCGCAGCCGCCGCACUGUCGGCUGGUCCCGCACUGUCUGCUGGCCCCGCCCGGGCGGCUGGCGCCGCACUGUCUGCUGGCCCCGCACUGUCUGCUGGUCCGACCCGGACGGCUGGCCCCGUCCAAGGCCCACCAGCCCCGGGUCCGAGCCCUCUUCUCAGGGCGCCUACUGCUGGACCCCCGAGUAGGGGUCCGGCUAGGGGUCGGGGGCGUGGUGCGGCUGCAUCGGAAGUCAAGGAAGUAACGGUCACGGCGCCGCCGACCACACCGCAGCCAGCGGCGAGCACGACACUCAAGGAGGAGUAGAGACAGCACCUUCGACUUCCUCUCUAUCAUUCUCAUCGUUCGCUCUAUUCACGCGAACAUAGCCCCAUGUAUUACAGCAUGUCGUCACCCCACUCUGUCCACAGAGACAUGCCUCUUCGCUCGACAUUCCGAUCCUGGUCUGUCAACGUUUAGGGCAGCCAGGCAAGCCUCGUGGCUAGCCUCCUCCUCUUGAUUGUUAUUUCGUCUUUCUCAUAGCCUCGUUUAAAUCAUGGCGCGUUCCAGGGAUGACUGUAGUGCUUUGCUUGAGCUUGCUGUCUUCUGAUCGAUAUAAUAGCUUGGCGCCGUAUGCGCUCUCACAGCUACUAGAAGGCGAAUUUUCUCGCUUAAUUUUGGGGAUUAAAUAUGAAAAAUCCGUGAAAAUGUACAGAAGCUGUCACGAAGUACGUGUUAGAAAUACCGUGUUAGUUUCAAGACGCACUUUACACUUGAAAAGAAAUCCUCGUUACGAAAUGGGUUGCUUCGAAUAAUUGUUCUGGAUCACCCGGGAAAUGUUGGUCUUGAUGAAAAAGAAGGAAAAAAAAACUGUGUUGUGUUCACAAGAGUCAGCGAAUAGCGGGACAGGUUCUGUCAGUAUACGAAUGUGGUGGCGUUGCUUUUUUACGAGUGAGGACUUUGCGACUGAAAACGAAUUCAUCACAAUAAAGAUUUUUUUUUGUGUGAA